UUUAUUAUCUUCUGUUUGUAGUUUUACAGUUUUGCCCCUUUUGCCGACAGACGUUUUGGUCUUUUUACAUUGUGACCGUCUGAUUUCUUUCCCCUGUUUCGUUGUACCUUUCUAAUUUCCUCUUACCGACUGAGAGAGAGAGAGAGAGAGAGGCACGGGAUGAGAGGGAUUUGAGACUGGGGUCCCGAAGACGUAGGUGAGGCUCACGGUGGCUGGGUGGUUGCUCGAUCUUGGCAAGAGCUGUUUCCGAUGUGCAUGGAGGAUCCGUGGUUGCUGUGUUUGUGAGUAGGCAACGUGAGUGGUGGUCCGUGGAGUUGUGUGUGUGGCUGGCGGGGCAACAGUGCUCGUUUGAGUUCUUGGUCUCUCUUCCGAGUUGCGGUGGCAACUGGUUCGGGGUGCGGUGGCUUGAUCUCAGGUGGCUCAGCUCGACGUGGGUGUUUGUCCACCACCUCCAUCAGUAAAGCACAGUCUCUCGCGUCGGAUCCUUCUCCACAUAGCACAACAGACACCCGAAAUCCUAAAACCCUAGGAUGCUCCUCUCCCCUUCCAGCCUCCGUCACUGUCUCGCUCUCCAUAACAGCAAAAGCACUUCAUCUGUCUCACUCUCUCAAUGCCCACUCAGAUUGGCAGUGCUUGGCACUGGCUUUGCUGGCCUCUCUGUUGCCUGGCACUUGCUACAAGAAAGUCCUAAGGAUUUGAGGCUACGCAUUGAUAUAUACGAUGAAGUUGGGAUUGGCUGAGGAGCUUCGGGAGUUCCUGGUCUACCACACCCUUAUUCACCUAAAGGCAAGCUGCUCUUGUGGGGUCUGAUUGUUGGAAAGAGUGUUUGAAGCUUUUGAGCAUUGUGGAAGCAGCAGUUGGUCAAAACUCUUAUGGUUUCAUAGUUCGGAGAAGAGGCAUCUUGAGACCAGCAAUGAACAUGAAGAAUCUUCUUAUAUUGAACGAUAAUGCUCAGAAUUGCCUUGCCAGUUGCAGAAUAGAGACCAUUGAUAAGGAAACUGCUCAAAAUCUUGCACCCAAGUUAUGUAUGCCAUUUGAAUCAGCCUUCUAUAUGCCUGAAGCUGUAAAUCUCAAUCCCCAAUGCUAUCUCCAGGUCUGAAGAAUUAAGCCUUUGAUUAUAUUUUCCUUCUAGGAAUAUUUUAGUUAUCUUUAUGCUAUCUUAAGUCCUCGUUAUCAUUUUGUUAGGCACUCUUCUUAGAAUGUGUAAAUUUGGUAAAAGAACUAACAAUUUCUGGCUUUGGAGAGAGAGAGAGUUAUGUUUGCAUAAGAAAUCUAUUCACAAACUUCUCGACUUUGAAGGUAAUCACUUAAACUACCGUUUCAAUCUUUUUAGGCUCUUUUCAUAUGUUGAUUGACGUGUAGGUUUAUGAUACAUAGCAGUAAUGCAGCUAGAAAUAUACAGCUGAUUAACAUGGAAAAUUCUAUAGAACAGCUGUCUUUGAUAAGCUCAAUCUUCAAUGUACAAACAUUCUCUCUCAUACAUCUUAACACUGUCUCCCUGUUUUAUUCUCAUACAAUCUGCUGUAUGUAUGUGGUGCAUGUAUCAUAUCCUUGUCCAAUAUCCCAUGAUAUGUUUGGGAAUAAUAAAAAAUGAAGUAUCAAGUAUAAAAGGCAAUUCACUUGCUGAUUGGAACUGAAGGUAGGCUUUGAAACUGAAGGAGAUUGAUUUGAUUAGUUUUUUAGGACUCAGAAACGAGAUUUUCUUAUUCACAUUUUUCACAUGUAAUCAUUUAAGUGUAGAACUACCUAAAAUGGUGACUAUAGUCUUCCCCUAAAAUCUGUCUCAACAAAGUUAAAUAGAUUGGGAAAGGUAUCCUCUAACCAGAUUAUUCCCCAUAAUAUUCAACUUGAACAUGUGAACUGAGCACAGUUAAUUGAACUAGAUAAACUCUGAUAAACCUAUAUUAAACAUCAAAUUUCUGUUUCGAGUGGCUAAUCCUGGUGGGAUCUCAUUAUUUACAAACAUACUCUGGUCUAGAGGAUUUAUCUCUACAUUUAGUGGUUAAUGGGUAUUGAAUUUGUCUUUAGGGGAAUAUGAUGCGGUGAUAGUAUGUCUAGGUGCCAAAGCAGAUUUGCUUCCAGAGCUCUCAGGAAAGCUUCCUUUGAGUUUUUCAUGUUACAAAUUUGAGGUCUAGCUAGGUUUUAAAGUUUCGUAAAAUUAAUAUAUUAACAUCAAAAAAAUAUGUAAUAUUCUAACGGGAAUUGCCACAUAACAUGAGUAUGCUUUGUGUUUUAUUGACUUGCAUAUUGAUGCUAUGUGUCAGCCAGUUGAAUACUAACACACGGCAUGGCAAUGUUGGUAUAGAUAUUUGGGGCACUAAAUGUGGCUAUGGAUGUCUUGACUUUUAAAUUUCCAUUUUCUGGAUUCUCUUGGUGACUUAUAAGGUGGUUGUGGUACCUUUUGAGGUGGUGUAUGAGCAUGUAUGAUCAGUUCUUGAAGGUGGUCAAAGAGUUAGAGUUGAAGAGGCUGCUUUCAUGCACACAUACAGAUUUUUUCUUACGUGUUUUGAUUUUUGAAUUUGUGGAAUUGGAGAUGUAAUGUCCCAUGAUCUGUUGGGUUCUUGAUUUUUAUAUUGUAAUCAGGUCUGAUUUCGGUAUUAUAUUGAUGUGGCCAUUCAGAAUUUUAGAAUUGUUCAUGCGUAAUGUGUUUCUUGUGGUUAUUUUUUAACGUGUUCUUUUCUUUUUUGAUGGUCAAACUUUGUUUUUAAAAGUAAAUAAUUUAACUUAGUUAUGUUGUCUAUGUUCCUUUAUUUAAUUGUUUAAGGAAAAAAUUGUAAUAUGAAUUUGAAAGAUGAUCAUUUAUUUCCCAAACUUGCUUGGACCUAUGGUUUGUUUAAAACUUAUUGCGAUUUGAAUUAAUAGUUUCUAACUGGACUGAAUUAUAUUAUCCUUGUUUACCUUAUCAUUAAGUUUUCUUCUCUGUUUUUUUUUUUAAAUGAUAAUACUUUCAUUGCAUAAAUCAAAGAAUACAUGACUUGUCAAUAGAAAUACUUUCAUUGCAUAAAUCGUUAGUUUUCUUCUUGUACACUGAAUGUUUAUAUUUUGGAACAAUUUUUUUUUAUAAGAUGUAUUAUCUCAUUUGAUUCAUUUAAUAUAAUAUGUGUGAAAUUAUCUGGAUUUUUUUUUUUCUUGCUUUAGCUAUAAAUGCUUAUAAUAUUUGUUAUGUAUCAUAUCUCCCUAUAUAUACCUAUGUACUUACAUUUUUUUAUAUAUCAAAUUCCUUCUAUAAUUUAAUGCCAACUGGUAAGAGCACAUUAUUAAAGGCUGAAAUACAUUCAAACAUCAUUGACAAUGUUGGUAUAGAUGCUUGGGGCACCAAAUGUGGCUAUGGAUGUCUUGACUUGUAAAUUUCCAUUUUCUGAAUUCUUGUGGUGACAUGGCUGUCCCUGGAAUUAAAAUUGUUUAUAUUGUCUCGGUGAAUAAUUAAUUUGUGGCAAUAGCAAUAAAGAAGAUAUGUUGGUGGGUUGAUGGGAGAGGUGCAGGGCAGAGUUGUUGGUUUAUUUCUUGACUAUCGGUUGUAGGAGAUUUGGUUGGGAGGUCUGGAAGAAAGCUCUGUUCGUGGUCUGUGUUUGUUGGGUAUGUGUGUGCAUUUGUCCAUUGUUUUUAGUGCAAUAUGCCUUGCCAUUCAGUAUCAUGAUUAUAUAAUGUAUUGCCAGUGGAAUUGAUCUUUCAAUGUAAUGUGUUAAGCUUUAACUAUUAAUGGUUUUUUAUUUUGUUUCUUGCAGGAAAACUUUCUCAUGCUCUGUCCUGCUCAUACUUCAAUCAAGUUUCCAAAAUGAGAAAUCUCAAUCUGGAAAACAUGUUUUUUAGGAUAAUCUGGGGCCAAAUCAGAGAGCCCCUCCGCAGCCUAUACUUUGGGUAGCUCCUAGGGAUGGAGCCAAAGAAUGAGUUAUAUGUGGAUCUGCUCUAUCUACUGAAAAAAAGGUUCUUGUGCUCAAGUUUGCAAGCAUGUGUGGUGCAACUGUCACCAAGUAUUGGAAACCAAAUGCCACACACGUGAUUGCGGCCACGGAUGCACAGGGUGCAUGUACCAGGACACUUAAAGUUCUCAUGACCAUUUUGAAUGGGAGAUGGAUCCUUAAAAUUGACUGGGUAAAGGCUUGUAUGGAAGCAAUCCACCCCGUGGAUGAAGAACCUUAUGAAGUUGACCUUAACAACCAUGGGAGUUGCAAUGGCCCCAAAACUGAUAGGCUUAUGGGCUUGGAUAAUAAAACCAAUACAAUAGACGCAAAGAUGGAUCUGGAUUCCCUCAUCUCCCAAACAGCUGCUCUCUCAUGGCAUGAUCUCAACCUGCAUCCAGCGACAGCAUCAGCUCAAACUAUCUCAAACAAAAUUCUGAUAGGGGCCAACUGGGGCCACUCUCAAAGAAAUCAAUUUAAAUCAUGCUCCAUUCCAAGUGCAAAUCCAUGGCCUGCCUUUGGAUUAUAUUACUCUAGAAAAUGCUAUUCAAAUAGGGCGAGCACUUGGAACUUUGAUCAAAGUGGAAGAGGAUCCUCUUUAUGGACUAGCUUUAAGAAAAUUCAUCAGGCUCAAGGUUGAAAUUGAUGUCAUUAAGGCAUUACAGCAAGGAUUUAUGAUGCCAAGGUUAGACAACUCUGAAAUAUGGAUAGCUUUUAAAUAUGAAAAACUUCCAGACUUCUGUUAUGCCUGUGGUAGACUCGGUCAUUCCCAAGUUUUUUGUGGAUUUCUAAGUUCGCCUACGACAAGAUUAAUUUAUGGCCCCUGGAUCAAAGCCAAGUGCAACAACUACCAAGGCAUAUCUCAGGCUUUUCAACAAACAGGUCACGGGCAACCAACAGAAACCGAUUUCAUGGGGAAAAUUUCCAGUCAAACUAAUCUUUAUGGUAAUCAAAACAGAGAGAAGCCAACCAAUGUUCAACAACAAAAUCUGAAUCUGUUUUCAAGGAGAGGUCAGCAAGAAGUUACCGAAAGAAUAUCUACGGUGGUGAAGAAAAACAACCAAGGCUGGAUUCAUCUUGCCCCCUCAACAUUGGCUACCAAAAACCCAUCGGAAACCUUCAACGCCACGAAUUCAGCACUCCCUCAAGAUCUGGUCUGCUACAGUGAACAAAGAGCAUUAAUUUCCCCAACCAGAAGAAUAAAUAUUUUUACUGUUGAAGAGCCACCGACCGAAUCCCACAACCAUACCUCUAUUGCCAGCAAAAUAUCCUUAUUGUCUUCAAAUCUGGUUUCAGAACAGCAGGUAAAGGAAGGGACAGCUGAACACGUGCAUAGUCACCAAGAUAAUACAUUACCGACGGAAGCAACUGAAACACCGUGGAAUGCUCAGUGGCAGAAAAUCUAUUCUGCCUUCAAGGAGUAUAAGAGCCUUCAGACUUUUAACGUGCCUGGGCCUGGACCUUCAACAGCCCAUCAAGCAACUUUCAAAUCUUUCCAGCCCAUUGAGACUUGUCCUCACUUCAAGAGCCCACUUGAUUUAUCUACAAGCCGGCCCAUCCCAAAUCAAUACAAGUCUGCCGAAUUCCAUCAUCUGAAAGAUUCUAAGGUGAAGCAAGGUUUUACGACAGACUCUACUCCUACUGCUACUCAGUUAGCUACUUCUUUAGACCAUUGCAUAUCCACGGUAAUACAUGCUCCUAUUCCAGAAAAAAUUCCAACUCAAUCCAAUCUUACAAUUCAGUUGCUAGAAGAUUCAAGUUCAAUGCCAGUGGGUAAUCUGGUUGCACAUUUGGAAAUACCAACUGAAACUGAUUUUAUUAGUGGCACACCUGAAGAUAUUUUAUCUCUGUCUACUCAAGAGGCACAUCUCAAUCGCAUGUCCAUUCAAUCUCAGCCUCAAGUUCUUCUACCAUCCAAAAGGCCACAUGAUACAGAGUCCUUUUAUGAACCAACAAGAAAAUCACAGCGCCUCAACAAAACAGAGAAACCAGAGCAAGUGGAUGAAACAGUUAAAAUGUUUUUUUCAGAAGAAUCUACAACAGCUCUCACUCUCAUGGACAUGCAAUCAGGAACAAAAGGCAAAGAAAAAAAAUCAAAAGGAAAAGGAAGGCUGAAUCCGUAUAGUAAGCCAGUUACUCAUUCUCACAGCAAAUCCAAAUCAGCUAGCGAGGAGAUUUCAAUGAUGUUAUCAAUCAAAAUGAAAAGUAUGGGGGACGACCUUUUAUUUCCAAUAGCAACCAAGGACUCAAAGCAAUCAUGGACAGACACGGCCUCAUUGACAUUGGUUAUUCAGGCCCUCAAUAUACUUGGUCUAAUAACAGAAACGGUAUGGCUCUCAUCAGAGAAAGAUUAGACAGAGCAAUAGCAACUCAAGAAUGGAGACUUCUAUUCCCUGAUGCAUCCUUACAACACUUGGCAUCAUCAGCAUCAGAUCAUCACCCUUUAUUGCUUCAUACAAUCAACAACCAGAAACAUGCCUCUUCUUUCAAAUUUGAAGAAUUCUGGAUUCAUGAACCGCUCAGUCAUAAUAUUAUCAGAGAAGCAUGGAACAAAGCUUUUCAGGGCAACCCGGCUUAUAUUCUUUGUCAGAAAAUCAAAUCUACAAAAGAAGCUCUCAAAUUCUGGAAUAGGAAUCACUUUGGUUGAAUACAGGACAAUAUACAAAAGUUGGAAACAGAUUUGAUUGAUAUCCAAAGCAAACCGAUUGGUGAGUACAACCAGGAAAAAGAGAAAGAACUCCAACAUAAGCUUCAAAAACAAAGACAACAUGAGGAAACUUUGUGGCGUCAAAAGUCAAGAAUAGCAUGGCUCACUUCAACUGAUCUUAACACCAAAUUCUACCACUUAUCAAUAACAAUCAGAAGAAGGAGAAAUUCAAUCGACGCCGUCAAAUUAGCCUAGAUAAAAGUGAGAAGUAAGAGUUUUCAUAUUAGCCAUUGAAGACGAAGAGAUGAAAGCUCAUGAUAUCGUUUGGCUCAGUACCCUCUUCUCUCUUCUCUUG